AAAUACAGGUCUUCUUGUCCUUCGCUUGAUUGACUUGUAAAUAAACUUAAAUACCCUGCAAGAAAAUGGUGACCCUUGACCCCACAUCCCCCCAGCAACUCUUUAAGGAUCUUGUUCGGAGAGCUGUUAGUGACACGUUGGGAUCCUCUCGUCCAAUCCGCCUGGGAGAAGAUGCCGAGGAUAUCGCCAGGUUUCGCCAGAGAUUGCAGACCAGACUGUUCGAUUCCCUCUUUGGAAGUCUCCCUGGACCCCUGCAACACAGCUGUUCAGCCAGAAGCAAUGCAGCUGGGAUUUACUCCCCCAAGGAGCAACUUGUCAUCAUCAUUUUCAAGCUUCGUGUGGAGAGGAGAUUCGACGAAGCACAGCAAAUGGAGUUGAUUUUGGAUCGCCUCUCAAAGUUGAGCGCAGAAGAAGACAGUGUAUUCCUGGAGGGAGUUAUUAAAUUUCUUCUGGCACUAUCAGGAACCAAGCAGUCCUCUCACAAGGCUGUAAUUGGUCACCAGAAACCAAAUCUUCCUACUGUUGGUUUGACUUCCAAAGAGGAUAUUGCUGCUCUACCAGGAGGAGAUUGGUUUCAUGGUGAUGGCAAACACAUUCAUAGAUGUGAUGAGCAUCGACCAUUUGUUAGUUAUUCAAGGGAACUGUUUGAAGGUCCAAGUAUCGAUCAGUUUGCUAAUGACAGUGGAAUGUCAGAGAUGUCCAACAAUGAUAGUCUACUUGAUAACAAGAUAUUUGAGGCCGAGCCAGGCCAGGACCUGCGUGGCAACAGACUUUUUGCAGUCAAGAGCCUCAUGGGUAAUGCAUAUGAACGGAAAGUGAGGGGGAGUCUCUUUGGUGGCCUUGUUCAUAGCCGUGUGAAGCGCAUUGAUGCCAAGCUCUCUCUUCCUGAACUCCCCAACACAACCAAUCCAGCAUUCCUUGGAAUUAAAGUACCCGCCUUUGCAGAGUCUGCCUUAUCAGACGAUGAAGGGUACCAUGAAUCCAUGUCAGGGUCUGUAACCUCAGCCAUGUCAACACCAGAGAAAGAGAACAUCUGGGAUGCCGCACUUCGCUACAAGCCCAGCAGGCAUAGAACUUGGGAGAACAUUGGAAAUCAUCCUAGGCCGACCGAGAGGCGCUACCUGACAGAGGCCGGUCCUGGAGCCCUGGACCUGGUCUAUCAGCUGAGAUGCAAGGAGGCAGCCAUCCUCCGGCCCACCACCAAACCUCCACCCAUCGUCUUGAAAGACCAGCAUCGUCUGGUCCAACAUACCUGGAAUGUGUUGAUAGGGUUGCCUUCUGAUGUGUUCCUGUAUGAUGAGGAGAUGAUGACCUUCAGGGUGAACUCCCAGAUCUGCCUGACAGGUACCACGCCGGAGAGCAUCCAGCAGCUCCUCUCGGAACUGGCGCAGGCCGGGACGGACUACACCCGCCUGUGGCACACCUCCCAACAACCGAUCACCAACUCCACCUACACCGGGGGUCUGGUUCUCCAGGCCUUCCUCGGGGCGGUCAGGAGGUACCUGCAGUACUACAAUGCCCAGGUGCUGCUGACCCAGUCGCGGUUGGAGCAGGAUGCUGGUGGGGAUGGGGUCAAGAGGAAGGUGACGGUGCUUGUCAUCAGGGCAAUGUUCAGUGGACUCUUGGCUCAGCUGCGAUAUCUUGCUAGGUUGUGCGGUUGUGACGUGAGGAAGGGUACCAAACCAGGGGGGCCCAGUGACCCCCUUCCCAUCGGUAUCCAGCUCUUAUCAACCCUCUAUCAGGAAGCCUUGGACUGUACGGGCACAGAGAACUACCGCCUUAUGCUGUCUCUCCUACGGAGUGCGUGUGCUCCAUAUCUCAUGUUUAUUCAAGACUGGGUAUUUCAUGGAAUAUGCCGAGACGCCUACGGAGAGUUCAUGAUCCAAGCAAACCACACCUUCCUCUUCUACAGAGAUAAGCAUUACUGGACCCAUGGAUAUGGCUUGCUUACUGGAGAGAAUAAGAGUGCUGUACCGUUGUUCCUUCAAGAGUUAUCGAGUGAGAUGUAUGUCUGUGGCAAAACAAUCAACCUACUUAAACUUUGUGCACCUGAGCACUUCAUCUGCAACCCCACCGUGGACCCGCCUUGUGUAGGUCUGACCUUCUCGACAGAGGAACUAGACCAGGUGACAAGUAGGACCAAGACCUAUGUCAAGCACAUGGAGGUUUUGGCCGGUCAGCUUACUGUAUCAAGGAGAGAAAAGGAGAGGAGAGAAGAAAAAGCCAGGAUUGAGCUACUCGCAGUAGCCAGACGUACAGCGGCAGAAGAACAACAAAAGCACAAUGAAAUAAUGAAAGAGAGACGUCAAGCUAUUGGUGCCAAGAAGAGAAAGGAACUGAAUGAUUUGAAAGAACAAAUGCAGAAAGACUUGUUGAGGCGCGGCCAGGAGCUUGAAGAUGAGAAAGAAGAAGAUAGGGAAAGGAUGGAAGAAGUAGCAAGAAGACAACUGGCCAUAGAAGAAGCUGAAAGUGAACUAGAAAAACAAGCAAGGGAAGAAGUAAUCCAGUUCUAUUCAGAGCUGGCCAAGGAGGCCACCAUGAGGGAGCAGAGGGCUCUCUGGAGGAUACGAAGGAGACAACUAGAUCAGCAAAGAAUAGAGUUCUUACAGAAUGACAAAGAGGCUGUGAAAAAGGCACUCAACGCUCCACCAGCUCCUCCAUCUUUGGCAGUGGCCGGGACAGAUAUUGCUGAAUCUUCUGAUGCUAGAGAGUCUGCUGUGAGAUUUGUGGAUGCUGUUCCAAGGGCAGCAGCAACAGCAGUUGACGUCGAGAUCAAGCCAACAGUGAUAUCCUCAGCUGAAAAAAGAACUGCAGAAGGAACAGCUCCCUCUGAAGGAGAUGCCACCAAGAUGGAUAGUGCAACUGAAGCAGAUGCUCCUAGUAAAGUCCCUGAUGAUGGAACUGCAGGAGCUACAGAAGUGCAAGAAGUGUUGAUUGACUUUACAGAUGAGUCGGAGCAACGUGAUACUGAGGUUCAAGAAGUUUCAAUGGAUUUUGGAAAGGAAUCCGAACAACAAGCUUGUGACAUUGAUAAGGAUCACGGUGAUGAACUAGAGGUGGGCGAAGAAGAGAAUGAGGACAUUGAGCCAGUUCUUGCAUUAAUAAGGGGAGGUCAGGGUGGAAUGGAUAAUGGUGGAUCUGCAAGGGUGGCAUCCAAGGAGACCGGAAAGCAAAAGGCAAGUCGAGGAAUCUCCAUCAGUGAAUUUUUACCUAAAGAUCAACUUGAUGGAGAUGAUGCCAUACAGGAUUUAGAUGAAGAACAAGCAAAGGAUACCACAAUGGAUGAUGUUCUAUUGGAGAUUGGUUCUUCUUUGCCCAGUCAAGGGGCUGCUGUACAGGAAGAAACAGCUUCAGGUAAUGUAGGAGCUAGUAGUAUUCUUGAUGAUAUCAUUGGCAAGAACACGAGGCAAAGUGCAAGUGAUGAUGCAGAUGAAAGAAUUGUAGGAUUACCACAUAGGACACACGAACACGGUCAUCCUUCUGCAACCUCAUUAGAUGAGGACAUUUCUGCGCUAGGACAGCAAUGGAGACAUGAUCAUGGGCAUGCCUCUGACUCCAAUUUAAGAGUCGGACAGGACAGUGUAGGUGGUCCUACAGAGGAAGAUGCCUCCAUACCAGGUCUUCCACAGAGACCACAUCAGCAUGGCCAUGCAACUGAUUCUACAAUCCAAAAUCUAGGGGUAAUUCAGGAGAGUGCAACCGAAGAGUCUGGUAGAUUAGUUGGGGUACCACACCGGUCCCAUGUUCACGGGCAUGUGUCUGAAUCCAUGAAAGAUCAUGAAAGUGGAGCUGAUCUUAAGUAUGGUACAACUGAGAAGCUUCCGCAGAGGUCACAUUUGCAUGGCCAUCCAUCUGAGUCUUCCAUACAAGGUGCAGGAUGUGCAGAAGGGGAGCAUCCAUCAGGAAGUGCUCCUGUCAAGAGCGUCCAUGGACACAUCUCAGACUCCACCCUAGGCCAAGGCAGUGACAAAGAACAGCUUGGUGAGGACAAGAAUAAGAUUGUAGGACUUCCUCAGAGGUCACACCUCCAUGGUCAUGCUUCGGAUUCAGCUAUGCAGGGUAUCAUUUCAGGUGCAGAAUCAGAAACAGUGGUGCCAUCUUCUAGAAGUAGUCAAGGAACUGUUGAGGGUGAGCGUACAUCUGAUUUAGGGUAUGACACUCAGCAAUCUCAAGUAUUUCCUUCUUUGUCCUCGUCCUCAGUCAUCACUGGACUACCAGGAGUACCUCACAGACGUCCCUUAGCCCCUCAGAGAACAGAACCAGAGACUGAAGAAUCAACACUGCCCCUUCCAAAUAUCCCACAUCGGUCUCAUGUACACGGUCAUGCAUCGGACUCGUCACUUGGAAACCUGAUGUACCCCUCUGCGGUUGGGCCAAGUGGUGUAGGAGAAGGACGCCUAAGUCUCCUGAAGGAUGGGAGAGUGGUAUUCAGUGUCCUGAAGCAUGGCCACCCAUCAGAUUCAACAGCCCAGAAGCUUAUGUAUCCUCAACAAGAAACCCGUCCUGAAAUCGAGGAAGAGAUUGUUGAAGGCAUUGAAUUGCCUGUCACCGUUUGGGCAGAUGAAGGCAGAGAAGUGACCGAGUUCGAUUUCAAUAUGUUUGAGGGUCUUCCUAACACAGACUUGCUGAGUCGCACUGGCUUUGAACCUCUUCAGUCAGAGAUCGGUGACUACGGUGUCCUUGCAUCACAGAGCGAAGAUAUAGAAGCUACAGAUCUUCUUCCUCUACCAAUCAUCAUUAAACGAUCCAUCACUGCACCUCUUAGAGCUCAAGUUUGGCUCGUGAACCAGAGUAUUUUGGAUUACUUCCUGGUAGACCUUCGCGUUGACAAGCACUUCACCGCUCUACGAAGAUUCCUGUUUCUCCAGGAUGGGGAAUUUGGACAAGCUCUUUGUAAUCAGAUCUUUGACAAACUCGCACAGUGUGUUCAUCUCCAGGAGCUACUUUCACCUCUCACACUCAACCAAAUUUUAUCAAGGGCUAUCCAACUCUCUGCCAGCUCAGACUCAGAGCAAGCCGAUAACCUCAGCUUCGCUCUUAAAUGGCAUCCAUCUGUUUUCAAGCCGAACGCUAUUGAUACUUUGGACUGUCUUGAAUUGAGAUAUCAUGUCGAGUGGCCCAACAACAUAGUGAUCACAGACACCUGCCUCUCCAAAUACAACAAAGUUUUCUCGUUCCUGCUCCAGCUCAAGAGAACAGGAUGGGUGCUCCGGGAUAUCCAUCAUCAACUUAAGAUCAGUGCAAUGCUUCAUCAAGCGAGUGGAUCACCACAGUAUCACCAGCUCCAGCUUUUCAGGCAUGAGAUGCAGCAUUUUGUGAAUGUAAUGCAAGGCUAUGUGGUCAACCAAGUCAUUCAUGUCAGCUGGGAGGAGUUCCAGAAGGAUCUCAAAGAAAAUGUACACAACCUGGAUGAUAUCAGAGAAAAGCAUGGGCUCUAUCUCAACAAAGCUAUUCUCAGAUGUCUUCUCAACAAGAAAGCCGCUCCAGUGAUGAAGAUUAUCUGUGAUAUCCUCAGCCUGGUCCUGAAGGUCCGGACCCAGCUGACGUCGGCUCCCUGGGCCUGGGAUGCUUCGUCCAGUCAGGUCAUCCACCCUUGCUUUAGGAACAUCAAGAAAUCUUACAUGGCCUUCAAGGAGUACUCUGGAUUCCUCUACAAAGUUGUUGCCAAGCUUGUAACCCGUGGUUACCAACCCCAUCUAGAAGAAUUCAUGCUGAGACUCAACUUCAACGACUAUUACCAGGAACACAAGUCAUGAUGGAUCCUUUCCGAUUGAAUUAGUCUUCUAUACCACCAAAAGUAUUUAUUUCAUGCAUUUCUACAAUACUUGAUUGAUGGUCCUUGCUUGUCAUCUGUUUCCCCCCCCCCCCCUUAUGGUAUAUAGGAAUCAAAGUAGACCUACAAUUUUGAUUUAUUUUAUUAUUUAGAGCUGAAUUUGUUUUUAGAGCCCAAGACCACUAAAAUUAUCCAACUUCUUAAGAAUAAAAGAAAAUAAUAUCUGAAAAUUGCCAUUAAUGAAAGUAAGAAAAGAAAUUUUGAAGAAAUAACCAGCUUUUGAAUUAAAAAAAUGUCAAUAUCAAGUAAUAUUACUUUGAAUAUGCGGUUCAACUGCAGGUAAUUUGAUGUUUCUGAUCUUUGUUUACAUCUUUUGAUCUAUACAUGAAUGUUUGUUGACUGGAUGCUCGUCUCUUCCUUUAAUGUCCAAUUUUUCAGAAUUUCCAUACAGUUUUUAAUACUCUAAUUACCAAAAUGCAUAUAGAUGAAGUAUUUGUUGUUAAAGAUUACUGUUACAUUUGUUAGACGUCUAUACUGCUUUCCUACUGUGAUUUUUUUUAUUGACUGGGGAUAUUUUUUGUAUGCUCUACAUGAUACUAAAGGCCUUGGAGUCACAUAGCCCCCAAUUUCAAGAUAUAGAUGUUUUAAAAUUAAGUAUCUAUAUAUUUAUUCAUAAAAUUAAUUAUACACUUUCCUAAUUUACUAUAAAAAACUCAUUCCACAGAGUUGCUCCCUUUUUUUCAGGGGACAGCAGUAUACUUAACCCCCCCCCAAAAAAAAAAAAAACCGCUAAACUUUGGUAGUUGCAUUCAGCAAUAAUUUUGAGAGAAAGCUUUAAAGUGAAAUAGUUAAAUCUAGGCUGAACUAUAGUCAACUUAGGAUCAUCAUCAGAGAUAAGUGCACAAUGACAGAUGUAUUACAUUUUUUUAAGACGUAUAAAGGGGCAGAAUGCCAUGUCUAUAUUGGUACAUGUAAUUACUGACCAAUUACUCAUGGUUUGCAAUAGAGACAUUUAAUGCAUAUUUUUUUGUUUAUUGUGUCAUUUGGUUCCAAAACACUCUAACUUACCAUAACUGAUGGCUUCCUGAUUAAGAACAAAUAUUUUUUUCAAAUGAUUAUGCAAUGAAUCAGCUGUGUUGCUGUGUGCAUUGAUUAUAUUUUGUUACACAUAUUAGAAACCCCUGAUGAGAAAUUGUCUCAAAAACAACACCCACUCAAAAUACAGUGAUCAUUUUGUAGGAUUCUAGUUCAAAAUCUUUUUUGAUAGUUACCAGAAUUAUAAUUUAU